UUUGAAGACACUCCAGUAAAGUGAUAUAACGUGUCCACCACAGAGAACAUUACCAAGUAAUUGAACUUUACAAACUUAUUCCAUUACAGUGAAUCCGGUCUCUGUGGUACUUGGUCUGAGUGGGGAUAAGUUCAAGGUCAGAGUAGAUUAAAUUUGCUGUGCUACACUUGACACUGACAGAGUGAGUCUGUGAAGUCUGUGUCUGUGUUGAUCUGUCAGUCACUUCCCAGUGGGAUAGGUGGAGUGAUAUUCAAAUUGCAUGAGUGACAGUUGAUAGAUUUCAUAAUUCUGUCCGGUACAUAAAUAUCAUAUAAGAGAUGGAACGCUGGUGUGGAGGAGUUGCAGUUGUAACUGGUGCAAGCUCAGGAAUAGGACGGGGCAUUGCUGCUGCAUUAGUGGAGCAUGGAAUGAAAGUAAUAGCCAUGGCCAGAAGAGAAGACAGGCUGCAGGAGCUUAAAAAUGAAGUUGAAGGAAAGAAAGGGGAGUUAAUUCCUUACAAAAUAGAUAUAACAAAUAAAGAUGAUGUACAAACAGCAUUUGACUGGAUUGAGAAAGAUUUUGGAGGUAUUCAUGUACUGAUCAACAAUGCGGGAAUAGCAAAAGCCAGCAAGUUUUCAGAGACAAAAAUCGAGGACUUGGAGUCUGUUUACAAUUUGAAUAUUCUAUCCUUGUCCAUCAUGUCUACAGGAGCUAUGCAAUCUAUGCUCAAACAUGAAAUAGACGGUCAUAUAAUCAACAUUGCAAGUAUUGCCGCACAAAUCAGCACACCGUUCCCUGGAUUGACACCUUACUUUGCUAGCAAAAGAGCAGUGAAAGGAAUCUCUGAAGGACUUAUUGGUGAACUGGCUGAAAUGAAAUCAAAAAUUAAAGUCACGACGAUAAGUCCAGGACUCGUACUGACAGAAAUCAUCACGAAAUCGAAUCAGAAGUUCCCCAAUGAGCAGCCAAUCCUCAAAGUGGAGGAUGUGGCUAAUGCCGCGAUAUAUGCCUUGUCACAACCACCAAACGUUGCAAUAACAGAGUUAACCAUCCAGCCAGUAGGAGAAUCAAUUUAUCAUUUGUCUCAAGGAGCAAGGAAAGUCUGUUUUCCAUAGUUUCAUUAAUUUUCAUCUAUCAAAAAUAGAUGAAUUCAAAAUGGUAUUCGUCUUCUAUUAUUACUGGAUGAGCUAUGUGUUCUCAAUAACAAACUGGAAAUAAUAUGACAGAAAUACAUCAUUUUA